AUGAAGAUGCAGUGCAUGAUUAAAGAUAAAGAAGAUACACUAGAUAAGAAAUUCACAAAGAGAUUCAUCAAUGCUCAGGGGGUUUCCUUUAAUGCUGCGAAACACCUAGUUGGGGAGGCACAGCCCCAUUUUGACGAGUCCUCGGUGGCUUGA